AUGGCCAAGGUAUUCGACGCUGCUGAAGUGGCCAAGCACAACACCCCAGAGAGCUGUUGGGUCGUCCUCUAUGGCAAGGUCUACGAUGUGACCGAGUUUCUGCCAUCUCAUCCUGGCGGAAAGAAGAUAAUCCUCAAGCUCGCUGGUAAGGAUGCCACAGAAGAGUACGAUCCUGUCCACCCUCCUGGAACCCUCGAGGAGAACCUCAAGCCCGAGGACAUUCUCGGUGAGAUCAACCAAGAAACACUCACCGAGCCCGAACCCUCAUCCGAAAAGGCCGUCGUCAAGUCUGGAGACGACAUUCCGCCCCCAAUGGGCUCACUCAUGAACCUGGACGAGAUCGAGGAAGAGGCUACCAAGCGCAUCUCGAGAAAGGCAUGGGCCUACUACUUCUCGGCCAGCGACGACCUAUGGUCCAAGAGCUACAACAACUUGAUCUACCAAAAGAUCCUUCUCCGCCCUCGAGUCUUUGUCGAUUGCACGGCUUGCGACCUCACCACAACCCUUAUCGGCAAUAAGGUCGGCCUUCCCGUCUUUGUGGCUCCGGCUGCCAUGGCCCGACUGGCCCAUCCCGAUGGUGAGCAAGGUAUCGCAAAGGCAUGCUCACGCUUCGGCGCCAUGCAAAUAGUAUCCAACAACGCCUCCAUGACACCCGAGCAGGUCAUUGAAGGCGCCAAGCCUGGUCAGACCUUUGGCUGGCAGCUCUACGUCCAGAACCAGCGCCACAAGAGUGAGGCCAUGCUGAAGCGCAUCAAUGCCAUGCGUGACUACUACAAGUUUGUGUGCUUGACUCUGGACGCGCCUGUCCCUGGAAAGCGUGAGCUCGACGAGAAGGCCAACUUUGACUACUCUGAGCCAAGUCCUGCAAGCGGUGAGAGCAAGCCUGGUGCUGGAGGUGUCGGUCAGCAGCUCUUCUUUGGCACCGCUGCCGACCUGACAUGGAAGACGACGCUGCCGUGGUUGACCGAGCACACAGAUCUGCCCAUCGUGCUGAAGGGUCUGCAGACUCACGAAGAUGCCUACCUGGCGGCUCAAUAUGCUCCUCAGGUCAAGGCCAUCAUCUUGUCCAACCACGGUGGCCGAGCUGCUGACACAGCGCCUCCGGCAAUCCACGUACUCCUCGAGAUCCAGAAGUACUGCCCCGAGGUGUUUAGCAAGAUCGAAGUGUGGGUUGAUGGAGGUAUUAAGCGUGGAACCGACGUUGUCAAGGCGCUGUGUCUCGGCGCAAGCGCUGUCGGCAUCGGUCGUGGUGCACUGUUCGGCCUCGGAGCCGGAGGUCAAGCCGGUGUCGAGCGGGUUCUCGAGAUCCUCGAGGCGGAGACGGCAACGUGUAUGAGGUUGCUCGGAGCCAAGAAUAUCUCUGAGCUUGGGCCUAGAUUUGUGAACGCUCGACAGGUGGAACGAGAUAUUUACGAUGGCGAUGCGGGGUUGGACCGAAGAGGCCUGUGGACGAGAUCCAAGCUGUGA